AUAGGUCAAGCAAGAGUCACCAAAAUCUUCAGACACACUCAUACAGAUACAGUACAGAGGAAGCUCAAACUUAAUCAGACCAGUUCCAAUAACAAUAUCGUAACAGUUGUCUAGAGAGAACAAAAAGAUGACAUGUUCCACACUCUCUUUAGCUGUUGAGUAAUCAAUGGUGGACUUGUUACGUGGCAGAUUCAUGAGCGUCCAUAAAAAUCACGAUCCGUGUAAAACGUAACGUGCAAGUCACUCCAAGACUUGGUCUCUUUUCUUUCCCUCUGACCUCAAAAAACUCGGAUCAACGUUUGCAAAGGUUUUUUUGAGAAACAUCACAUCCCAUCGGUUUAAGGAACGGAACCGAUUUAGUUAUUGUCCUUUAUUGUCGGGAUGUUUGUUUUUAAACGCUGGAGUUUUGUCCUUUAUUUGAGGAGAUUAAGUUUAGAUUUCUAGGUUUACCCGAGAUCUUGAGUGUAAGAUACGGUAUCUUCUAUUUUGUUUGUAAAGAAGUUACACUUUAGCUACACCAGAGAAGAAGCAAUGAUCUCCGGCGACACAUUAUCAGCUAAGAACCACAAAGCUUUACUACCAGAAGAAGACCCACCAAGCCAAUCGAUAGCACCUCAAGACAACAACAACGGAGCUUCUUCCACUAUCUCCAUCUCAAGCUGCUUCAUCUUCACAUCUCUCCUUAUCAUCACCUGCGUCACUCUCUCUGCCGUUUUCGCCUUCGUAUUCUUCUCUUCCCACACACUCAAGAAACUCGACAAGCCCGUGGUUCUAUUGAUAUCCACAGACGGGUUUCGUUUCGGGUACCAACUCAAGACCAAACUACCAAACAUACACCGGUUAAUCACCAACGGAACAGAAGCAGAAACCGGUUUAAUCCCGGUUUUUCCAACACUAACUUUCCCUAAUUUUUACUCUAUCGUCACAGGCCUUUACCCUGCGUACCACGGCAUCAUCAACAACAAGUUUACGGACCCUGAAACAGGGAAUGUUUUCACAAUGGCUAGCCACGAGCCAGAGUGGUGGUUAGGCGAGCCGUUGUGGGAGACAGUAGUGAACCAAGGGCUCAAGGCAGCUUCUUACUUCUGGCCUGGCUCUGAGGUACACAAAGGCUCUUGGGAUUGCCCUAAAGGUUUAUGUCAAAACUACAAUGAGUCUGUUCCUUUUGAUGAUAGGGUUGAUACCAUCUUGAGCUACUUUGAUUUGCCUAGUAGCGAAAUCCCUAGCUUCAUGACGCUUUAUUUCGAAGAUCCGGAUCAUCAGGGUCACCAAAUUGGCCCUGACGAUCCUCGGAUCACUGAAGCUGUAGUCAACAUUGACCGUUUGAUCGGUAGAUUAAUCAAUGGGUUGGAGAGAAGAGGGAUCUUUGAGGAUGUGACUAUGAUCAUGGUUGGUGACCAUGGAAUGGUUGGGACUUGUGACAAGAAACUCAUCUUUCUUGAUGAUCUAUCUCCAUGGAUCAAGAUCCCUAGCAGCUGGGUGCAUGACUACACUCCCUUGCUAGCUAUUAAGCCGCCUUCAGAUCACAAUGCAGCUGACAUAGUGGCUAAGAUCAAAGAAGGUUUGAACUCAGGUGAAGUAGAGAACGGUAAGUACUUGAAGGUUUAUCUCAAAGAGGACCUACCUAGCAGGCUGCAUUACACAGAGAGUGAGAGGAUCCCACCUAUCAUAGGACUAGUUGACGAAGGCUUCAAGGUUGAGCAGGAGAGGAGUGAAGCUUAUAAAGAGUGUGGUGGUGCUCAUGGGUAUGAUAAUGCUCUCUUCUCGAUGAGGACUAUAUUCAUUGGGCAUGGUCCUAUGUUUGCUAAAGGAAGGAAAGUGCCUUCUUUUGAGAACGUUGAGAUAUAUAAUGUGAUUAGUACGAUUCUAGGGCUUAAGGCUGCACCAAAUAAUGGAUCUAAUGAGUUUCCUUCAAGCGUUCUCUUGCCACGCACGUAAGUAGAGUAAGUGUAAGUUCACUGUUCUGUUAAUAAAAGGCAGCCUAGAAUCUACGGCUGCGUUUUCAGGCCGCAGCAAACGCGAAACACAUAUGCGCGCCUUUGAUCUAAUAGACGUUUUAUGCGUUUUGAUCUAUAUGUUUUUUCCCUGCCAUUUAACAAUUAAUUAAAAAUAAAAACAAAUAAUUUCAACUUUAUUAUAAGUUUGGUGUCUACAAUUGGCAAAACUUUAAUUUUUGACAUCAAUAGUAAUAAGCGCUUAACUUUAAAUAUUUACUGUUUUUCUUAAUUUAAUAAAUAAUUUACUAAAUUCAAUACAUAACAAAUCUUUAGUUUUUGACAUUUUAGUGUCUAUAGUUGCCAAAACUUUAGUUUUUUUUUUUUUUUACAUUUGAUGUUAAGAUUGGAAAUUAAAUGAAAAAUUUCACUUCUAAAUCAU